AGGCAAAUACUGGUGAUAAUAAUAAUGGAGAGAAAUUCAAGAUUAAAUUUCCAGUGAAGCUCGGCCGGUGAAUCGACAAGCACGUGACGUUGACAAUCCACAAGGAAAAAUCCCAGAUAGAGCCAAAGACCAUUCAUCCAUUCAUGGCAGUAAAUUUUCCAAAUUGGAAAUUGAAGCAAAGCGGGAAACAUGUGACCUGUACUAACCAUAUCUGACAACAAAACUAAAACCCAAAAUUAAAAUUAUGGAAAGGUGGCUGCCUCUUUCUUCUACCUAACGCUCUUCACUCUCUCCCACGUACUCUUUAAUGUAGUCUCAGUGUCUCACUCUUCAACAGUGUCCACUUCCACAAUUCUUUCACUCACCAAACUCCCAAAGUUUUCUCAUUUUUUGAUCUCAAUAACUAAAUGUGGCAACUUCUAUUGGCUGCAGCAGCAGCUGCAGGAUCCACCGGCCUUUUGGCUAAACAUCUGUUCAGCCCUAGCGCCAAAACUUGCAAAGAAGAUGAUCAAAAUGAAAAACAAACGAACCCUUUUGAUGAUGAUGUGAAAUAUCAGUCGCCUGCGGUGGCAAGUGGUGGAAAUGUAUGUGGGUAUGAGAGUAAUCGCGAGAAAGAAGAAGGGAUCUUUAGGUUUUCGAGCUCGGAGUCUGGGGGCAAAAGCGGGUGUCGAAGUGAGUCAAAAAACGUUAAGAAGAAAGGCGGAGGGAGGGCUAAGAAGAAUAUAGAGAAUGAGAAAAGAUCUGGCGGUGUUGAUGUAAGUAAAAGGAGAGUUGCUGUUUGCUUGAAGAAGGGGAGGACUACCAAGAAUGGAUCUUGUUCUACUAAAGAUAGCUCUUCGUUUAAUUGGGGACUUGGUGUCGGAAUCAUGUACAUGAUGUCAGCUGGGAAAUCUGAGAUAACUAAGCUGAACAUAGCAAUGGAUGAGACUGCCAAAGUUGUCCAGGAAUUAAAAUCUGAGCUAAGUAGAAGAAAAUCAUCACGCAGAGUGGAAGGUUUGAGUUCUGAAAAUGAAUCAGCUGCAAUCUCAGAGAACACAAGCAGCAAGCACACUCAGAAAGUGUUCGAUAAGUCAGGUACUGAGAGCAGAGAUGCUAAUGAUAUUAAGGUGUUUGGUUUUCCUUCAGUUGAUGAUGGUGAAUGUGGAAGUAGUAUUCUUACUGAUGAUCGAGAUCCAGAGGUGCGGGAAAUGGACCAACUGGAAGCAGAACUUGAGUCUGAACUUCAGAAAUUACCUUGGUGCAUCCCAGAAGCUUCUUGCCAUGAAGACAUGAAAGUGAACAUGCAAGAGACUAGGAUUUCAACUAAAGGGUUACAUGAACUGCAGGGGCAGAGUUCUGAUUGUUUCCAAACUCAAGGAGUAUCACCAUCUGAACUGGAUCAGAAACUGUCCCGUUUGCUCAUUGAACAGCAGGGAAACCAAAUCGUGGGCCUGGAAUCUGAAUUGCACGUGGCUCAAUGCAAACUUCAUGAGAAGGAAGCUGAACUUCAGACACUGAAGGACUGUGUUAGACGCCUGACCAAAUUCUCUCUCUCAACUGUCCCAGAUGAUGAAGCUGAGGCACAAGAGGAGCAGGAGUGUAGAAAUGAAUGGAACUGCAAUAAUGAGGUAGAAUUUGAAUCAAGGCAGGUGGUUGGGAUGAAAAGACAUAUUGAAACUGAAUCUUGUUAUUAUGUAGAAUGAACAUUAUAUAUGGAGGCUGAGAAUGUAAUUAUAAAUGUAGAAUGACAUUAUAUCUCCAGGGUGAGAAUGUAAUUUAGUAUGCAAUCAUAAAAUGCCUCCAGAUAAAUGCCAUGGAUGCCCACAUCAGGAAGAGU